ACUCCUAUAUAAGCACGUUUUGGACCCAAAGAAACACAUAGAAAACAUCACGUUGAGGGGUUUGAAAUUUUUUAGCUAGAGAGAGAGCGAGAGAGAGAGAAAGAGAAAGCCAUUAACAAUAUCUCAUCAUGAAAAUCGAUCAAGGUGACAAAGAAAACGAAACAACCAAGUUGAAUAAAUAUGCUUUUGCUUGUGCCAUAGUGGCUUCAAUGGUAUCCAUCGUUUCUGGUUAUGAUACUGGUGUUAUGAGUGGAGCAAUGGAGUUCAUAAAGGAAGACAUGGGAAUCAGCGACACACAACAAGAGGUUUUGGCAGGAAUUUUAAAUAUUUGUGCAUUAGUAGGAUCCUUAACAGCAGGAAGAACAUCUGAUUACAUUGGUCGUCGCUACACAAUCUUGUUAUCCGCCUUACUCUUCAUUCUCGGUGCAGUUUUAAUGGGAUAUGGUCCAAACUAUGCAAUUUUAAUGGUUGGAAGGUGUGUUUGUGGUGUUGGCGUUGGUUUUGCUCUAAUGAUAGCACCUGUUUAUUCGGCAGAAAUUUCUUCUGCGUCAUCAAGAGGUUUUUUAACCUCUUUACCUGAGGUUUGUAUUGGUAUUGGAAUCUUUUUGGGUUAUAUUUCAAAUUAUUUUUUGGGGAAAUAUUUGAGUUUGAAACUUGGAUGGAGAUUAAUGCUUGGUAUUGCCGCUUUUCCUUCACUUGUAUUAGCUUUUGGUAUUUUAAUGAUGCCAGAGUCACCAAGAUGGUUGGUUAUGCAAGGUCAAUUAGGGAAAGCCAAAAAAGUUCUAUUGCAAGUUUCAAAUACAACACAAGAAGCUGAACUCCGCUUCAAGGAUAUAAAACUUGCAGCUGGUUUAGAUGAAAAUUGCAAUGACGAUAUUGUGAAAUUACCUGAGAAGUUUCACCAAGGUGAAGAUGUUUGGAAAGAGCUGAUUUUAAGACCAACACCUACUGUACGUUGGAUUUUAUUUGCUGCAAUUGGAAUUCAUUUUUUCGAACAUGCAACUGGAAUCGAAGCUGUUAUGUUAUAUAGUCCAAAAAUUUUCAAAAAAGCUGGCGUUACAAAUAAAGAAAAGCGUUUGCUUGCAACUAUCGGAGUGGGAUUAACAAAGAUAUUUUUCCUUUUAAUUGCUUUGUUUUUGCUUGAUAAAGUUGGUAGAAGACGGUUAUUGCAAAUUAGUGUCGGAGGAAUGAUUAUCGGGCUUACAAUAUUAGGGUUCAGUUUGACUAUGGUGGAUCAAUCCAAUGAAAAGGUCUCGUGGGCCUUGACGCUUUGUAUUGUGGCGACGUAUGCCUAUGUUGCUUUCUUUAAUCUCGGGCUUGGGCCUGUUACUUGGGUUUAUAGCUCGGAAAUAUUUCCUUUGAAGUUGAGAGCGCAAGGAGCUAGUAUGGGAGUUGCUGUCAAUAGAACUAUGAACGGCAUUGUCUCCAUGACUUUUAUUUCGAUUUAUAAAACAAUCACAAUAGGUGGAACUUUUUUCAUGUUUGCUUCUAUAUCUGUAAUAGCUUGGAUUUUUUUCUAUUUUUUCCUUCCUGAAACUAAAGGUAAGGCCUUGGAGGAGAUGGAGAUGCUUUUUACCAAAAAAUCAAGUGGUAAAAAUGUAGAAAUGAAAACUGAUCCAAUACAUAAUGUCUAAUAUGUUCCGGUUAGACAGAAUGAGACUAUGUAUGUAGGAAUAACAAGUCAUGUUUAUUGUAUUUAUUAUUAGCUAAAACAUCAUCUUAUGUAUUCUACUUUUCCUAUACUCAUCUUAUGUAUCUUCUUGCAAACCACUCUUUCUUUGAUUUAUAAUACUAUAUUUCACAUUGCAAUAA